CGCUGGGCUCACGGGGCACGUGGGGCCAGGGCCCUGACCUGCGCGUGCGCAGAUGAUCUGGCGGGCGGUUGCGCGGCAAGAUCGCUUGAGCUAGCUGGAGAGCAGGUGACGGUCCGCGGUUCUCUGGCUCCAGCCUUCGUUCAAGGUUGGCUCCCGCCCUUUUGAGGGAGCAGGUCUUAGCGGGCAGCCCCGCCGCAGCCACCUUUCUGAGGCGCGGAGAGCCCCUAGGCAGUGUGUGAGACAGGCUGGCCGAGCUCCUUGGGGCUGAGGCUACCAUUUGGAAGCAAUGAGUUUAAAACCCUUUACCUACCCAUUUCCAGAGACGCGGUUUCUUCAUGCAGGACCCAGUGUGUAUAAGUUCAAAAUCAGAUAUGGCCACAGUAUCAGAGGAGAAGAGGUAGCAAAUAAGGAAGUCAUCAUCCAGGAACUGGAGGAUUCUAUCCGUGCAGUCUUGGAAAACUUGGACAAUCUGCAGCCAUUUGUUACUGAACACUUCAUUGUAUUUCCCUACAAAAGCAAAUGGGAGAGAGUUUCCCAUUUAAAAUUCAAACAUGAGGAUGUUGUCUUGAUCCCUUAUCCAUUUGUUUUUACUUUAUAUGUGGAGAUGAAAUGGUUUCAUGAAAACUUGUCACCUGGGAGACCAAUAAAUGACAGUCCUCUUGGAUUGGUUGUAGUUGAGAAGAAAGCAGCAGGAGCUUCGAAGAAACAAAAACGAAAACUCGUGGAACAGCACAGCUCCCCCGGUGGGGCAAGACAGCCCAGGGACAAGAUGAGGUCUUCCAGCCAAAGACCUAGCACGAAGAAGCCGCCUAUGGGAACCAGAAGGAACAGAGAAAGAAAACCCCAGCAAGAGAGACAGAAGACUGUAGCCUCUGACACCACUGAUGUCCAGGAACAGCAUUCUAAAUGGGGACACAACCUGCCAGGGGCAAUUGUUCCACCGUUGCAGCAGAACAACUCGCCUCCACCUAAAGAGCUGGGAAUCCGUAGCUUCUUUGGGUUUCUAAGCACUGUCUUUUCCCUUCGGUAUUUCUUCAAGAAGAGCAGCCAGUGAGCCUCCCAGAUGCAGUGACAGCCACGGAAAGAGGGUCUUCCCUUGCAGCGACUCCUCCCUGACCACCACUCCUCCAGCUCCAUCCUUUUCUUAUGACACUUCAGUCAUGGGGAUGAUGGCUCCUGAUUAGUCCUCUUGUGGGUUUGUCCUGUCCUUUGUACCUUUAUAACUGAGUGGGUUUUCCCCCUAUUAAAACACUGGAAAAAGAAUGGAACUUUCUAAAAUGCUCUGGUCUAAGAAUGUUACUACCCUGAGGGCCAGUUUGGGUCUUCUGUCUCCAGCACUUAGGAUCCUAAUGCCAAUAAAUUAAUUAUUCAUGAAGAAUUAUUGAUUAAAUUUAGUGAAACAGAUUGAGAGAGAACAAACUCUUCCCUCAAGAUACAAAGAAGCAAUGUGCGACACUCCCUGACACCUAGUUGCUAGUUACAGGGUCACACUGGGCAGCUGAGUCUGUACCUGACCUCGAACCUUAAACUUUGCUGCCAGGGUCCAGGGAAUGAGGUUAUGCAAGACUCACUACCCUGAGCCCUGCUGCCACCAAAGAAAUGAUCUUUGUCCCAACCCAGCUUGGUUUGACCCCAGAGUGUAGCUUCUCCAUAGAGAACAUGGUUCCAACCUAUUUCUCCUUCUGAUUCCUUGAGAGUAACACAAGUUAGUCAGAGUCUCGGGAAGCUGGUGUGACUUCAGAGAACCAAAAGAAUCAAUGGAAAUUUAGGGGAACUCAUUUUAGUUCAGGACAAAGGAAUCACCUUUAACUGUUAGAGAUAUCCAGUAUUAGAAUGGGCUACGCUGUGAGGUAAUGAAUCCUUGUCCAAAGGUUUACAUCCAGUCACCUGUCACAUACCAGAGGGAAUAUAGUGAGUGGGAGCUUGGGGUUGGAUUGCUGAGGUCCCUUUGAGUCCCUUUGCUUGGCAAGGAGAAGAGAAGAGGUGGAUGGUAGGAGGAGCUGUUGAGGGAGGACCAGGACCUGAGCUGGGGA